UUAAUAAAUGUGUCCCGAUUCAUUAUCUUUCGUUUUAAUUAUAUUUUUUUAGAAUGUCCUACGGCUAUGGAUGGCAUGGAACGUUUCGCAUGUCCGACACCGGACGUGCAGGGUCGAUACCGCUGCAUAGACGAUCAUGUGCUAUGUGAUGGUUUUAUCGAUUGUCCUGAAGGUGAAGAUGAAGAUCGACGAUCAUGUAUGUUUUACAAAACGACGAAAGCUCACUUGGAUGUGUUAGCGGAUGCUUUGUUAAGAUGGGCGCGAGGGCGUUAAAUUCUCACCUUCCCAGCUUCUGGUUAAGCGUAACAAAAAAGUAAAAAAAUUAAAAAAAGAAAAAAUGAGAAAUGACAUAAAAAGAGAAAAAAAAAAAAAAACGUGGAGAAGCUGUUACCGUAAUUCCAUUCCAGAGUUACAACAAAAUCCAAAUUAUUUUUGUUGUAAAUCAAAUGUAAAAAGUAAAUCCAUAUAUAUA